AUGUCCAUCAUGAACGCUUUCCGCCAGGCUCAGACCCCUGCCCGCUCCUUCACAUCCAUCACAAUCCCCACCACCGCCACCGUCAAGUCCGCCUUCCACCCCGAGCACCACCCCAUUGUCCUCCAACAGCUCGUCCAGUCCUUGACCCCCGUCAACAAGGCCGCUGCCUCCUCGCCUGCCGUCCGCGAGUCCCUUUCUCAGGCUGCCAAGUCCAUCAAGGCCUAA